GAAUUUUUGAACAAAAAAACGGAUGAGACAGGGGGUAGAAAUAGCUUGUUAAUAAGAUAAGAGAUAGGUCUUACAAAAAGACUGAUGUAACAACAUUUUAAUGAAGAGGGAGCGGGUGAGGAGGAACACCGCGUCCCACUUUAAGGUUGUUUGCUAACGUUAGUAGCUCCUUAGCUUACUGACGUUUUGGUCUAACACAGACCUGGACGGCCAGCUUGGGAGAUUGAAAGAAUUCACUGAAGACGGGCGAGGGAGAAGCCAGUGGGGGGAUAGCUAACCGUGAAGAAAAUGGAUCGUAUAGACUGAGCGGAAUCCGUGUCGAAAAAGACAGCGGAGUGGAGAGAACGAAUUAUUCGUAACUUAGCUGUCUUGUCAGGGCAUCGCAUUAAACCACGGCGCUGGACAUGCCGGCGAGUGUGCGGGCCGGGAGCCUGAAGGACCCCGAGGUGGCCGAGCUCUUCUACAGGGAGGACCCCGAGAAGCUCUUCUCCGACCUGAGGGAGAUCGGCCAUGGCAGCUUCGGGGCCGUCUACUUCGCCCGUGACAUCCGCACCAACGAGGUGGUGGCCAUUAAGAAGAUGUCCUACAGCGGCAAGCAGUCUAACGAAAAAUGGCAGGACAUCAUCAAAGAAGUGAAGUUCCUGCAGAAGUUGAGACACCCCAACACUAUCGAGUAUAGAGGAUGCUACCUCAGGGAGCACACAGCUUGGCUGGUGAUGGAGUAUUGCUUAGGUUCAGCAUCUGACCUCCUGGAAGUUCAUAAGAAGCCACUACAGGAAGUGGAAAUAGCUGCUAUUACCCAUGGUGCACUACAGGGUUUGGCGUAUCUUCACUCUCACAACAUGAUCCACAGGGACGUUAAGGCAGGUAAUAUCUUGCUGACCGAGCCCGGCCAGGUGAAGCUGGGGGAUUUCGGCUCGGCCUCCAUCAUCGCCCCCGCAAACUCUUUUGUGGGCACCCCCUACUGGAUGGCCCCGGAGGUGAUCCUUGCCAUGGAUGAAGGGCAGUAUGAUGGGAAGGUGGACGUGUGGUCGCUUGGCAUUACCUGCAUAGAGCUGGCGGAGAGGAAGCCCCCUCUGUUCAACAUGAAUGCUAUGAGUGCCUUAUACCACAUCGCCCAGAAUGAGAGCCCUGUGCUGCAGUCCAAUCACUGGUCAGAUUAUUUUCGUAAUUUUGUAGACUCCUGUCUGCAGAAGAUCCCCCAAGAUAGGCCUACCUCUGAUGUGCUGCUGAAGCACCGGUUCCUGUGCAGAGAGCGCCCCCUGUCUGUGGUCUUGGACCUUAUCGCACGCACGAAGGACGCAGUGAGGGAGCUGGACAACCUGCAGUACCGCAAGAUGAAGAAGAUCCUGUUCCAGGAGACGCACAACGGCCCUGCCCCAGAGGGUGGAGAGGAGGAGGAGGAGGUGGAGCCAUACAUGCUGCAGACGGGCACGGUGAACAGCAUGGAGAGCUCCCACUCGGUGCCCUCCAUGUCCAUCAGCGCCAGCUCCCAGAGCAGCUCGGUCAACAGCCUGGCGGACGGCUCGGACGACAGCGGCGAGAUGGCCAUGAUGCAGGAGGGCGAGCACACCGUCACCUCCAACAGCUCCGUCAUACACCGGCCCCCGGGCCAUGAUAACAUCUAUGACGACCCGUACCAGCCCGAGAUGGACGCCCAGCCUCAGGCUCCCUCCGGAGCUCGGAGACGGGGUUACUACCGCAACCGCGACCACUUCGCCACCAUUCGCACCGCCUCCCUGGUGACGAGGCAGAUCCAGGAGCACGAGCAGGGCUCGGCGCUGCGGGAGCAGAUGUCAGGCUACAAGCGCAUGCGGCGGCAGCACCAGAAGCAGCUGAUGGCGCUGGAGAACAAGCUCAAGGCGGAGAUGGACGAGCACCAGCUGCGGCUCGACAAGGAGCUGGAGACCCAGAGGAACAGCUUCGGAGGGGAGGGGGAGAAGCAGGGCAAGAAGCACCAGGGCAUCUUGGAGAAGGAGACGAAGGCGGCGUCGACUGAGGAGAAGAAGUUCCAGCAGCACAUCCUGAGCCAGCAGAAGAAGGAGCUCUCCAGCCUGCUGGAGUCCCAGAAGCGCCAGUACCGCCAGCGCAAGGAGCAGCUCAAGGAGGAGCUGAACGAGAACCAGUCCACCCCUAAGCGGGAGAAGCAGGAGUGGCUGGUGCGGCAGAAAGAGUGUCUGCAGCAGAUGCAGGCGGAGGAGGAGGCCGGGCUCUUGCGCAGGCAGAGGCAGUACUACGAGCUGCAGUGCAGGCAGUACAAGAGGAAGAUGCUGCUGGCGCGACACAACCUGGAGCAGGACCUGCUGAGAGAGGACCUGAAUAAGAAGCAGACGCAGAAGGACCUGGAGUGCGCCAUGCUGCUGCGGCACCACGAAUCCACGCAGGAGCUAGAGUUCCGGCAGCUGGCCUCGGUGCAGCGCACGCGGGCCGACCUGAUCCGCACGCAGCACCAGACCGAGCUCACCAACCAGCUGGAGUACAACAAGCGGCGCGAGCAGGAGCUGCGCCAGAAGCACGCCGUGGAGGUGCGCCAGCAGCCCAAGAGCCUCAAAGUGAGUGAGACUGAGCAGCGGCAGGAGGGGCCCGGGGAGGGGGACCAGCCCGACGGAGUGGCCGGGAGGGAGGAGGGAGGGCCCCUCGCCCCGGGAGGCGGGGCGGAGGGGGAGGAGGGCGGAGGAGAGGACGGUAGCGCUUCGAGGGAGGACUCGGAGGCCCCGGGGGCGUCCGGGCCGAGGGACGCGGAGAGAGGAGAAGACCGGGGCGGGGAGGGAAGGAACGGGGAAGAGGAGGGGAUAGCAGAGACUGAAACGCGGGAGGCGGAGGAAUGCUGGGAGGAGAGCCGGCCCACCGAUGGCGCCGGCACAGAGAGGGGGAGAGAGGGGGAGAGUUUGAGCCCCGGAGAGCAGGAGACAGAGGAGGCCACGGUGGCUGAGGAGCAGUGGAGAGGCGGAGGGGCAGGGAGUGGCGAGAUGUUGCUGGAGGGAGAGGAAUGGGAGGACGAAGAAGGGAGCGAGACUGAAACGGAGUCGGACGUCGAUGAGGAGGAAGGCCGGGGCGUGGGGGACGGCUGUCCCUCGGAGCUGAUGUCUCUCUCCGUGGAGCAGGGGAGGAGUGCCGAGCGGAGGAGGAAGCGGGAGGCCGACGAGCUCUCCGAGUUCUACUUCUCCGACUCUUUAGAUUUGGAGCCCCCUCCCCUCCCCGCCCCUCCCCCUCCCCAGCCCGGCCAGCUCUCCCUCUCCUCCCUGCUCUCCCACUGCAUCUGCCUCCUGCUGUCCCUCUCCGCCGCCGCCCGCCCCUCCCUCCCCGUGCUCAUCCUCCUCUCCGUCUUCCUGCUCUCCCUCCGCCGCUCUCCUCCGCUCCCCUCCCUUUCCUCGCUCCUCCUGUCUGGAGAGCUCGCGCUCCUUGCCCUUUUCUUCUCCUACCUCUUCCUGCGGUCCUGCUGCUCCAUCUCCCUUACCCUCUACCUGUCCCUGGCUCUUUGGGGCUGUGGUCUCUUCAGCCUGGGUCUUUCGCUAAGCCUGGGCCUCUAUUACAUCCCCGUGACUCUGGUCUCGGCCUCUUUCCUCAGCUCGCCCUCCCUUUUCCUCUCCCUCUACCUCCUCGUGGUUCUGGUGGUCCGCCCCGCCCGGGUUUUCCUUCAGAAAGCCCCAAAGAAACUCAACCGCCUCUGGGUCAGAUUUCUGUUCCGACUCCCCAAGCCCUUAUUCACGGUUUGUCAGUCGCUUCUGGGCGGUCUUGCUGAGAGGAGUUUGUAUGACAUGUUCCCGAAAGCAGGCAGGAAUUGGGGGGUACGCCAAUCCCAAAUCCCUGUCCCCCUCAGGACCCUCCCCAUGGAGUAUCACUCCAGGCAAAAUCGAGGCUCUCUGGCUUCUCGAUGUACGCUUUGGGUCAGGCGUUUUCUUAGGCGCCCGAUAGGGGUCCUCGCUGACUGGGCAAACUCUGUAGUGCUGAAGCUGGCCAGCCGGGUCCUCAGAGAACUGCCGCAGGGCUACUUGGCUAAGCUGAGAACCUUUGGUUUGUUGAGAGAAGAGCGAGCCAGCAGGUUACCCAGACUGUUGCCUCGUGAGGUGCGGGAACGGAGAGAGAGGCAGAGGAGGCAAAGAGAGAGGGAGAGGAGGAGGAGGGAGGAGAGGGACAGGUUGUUUCGAGAUGGGGGUAGGUGGGAGUGUGGGUUGAGACGAACAGCUUCAGGGAGAAGCGUGAGAGGAAAGGUGGUUCCCUGGAGAUAGUAUUAAGAGAGGUUUGUGCGAGUGUGAUUGCAAACGUUUCUUUCGUUGUCCGUCUGUACGCAUAUGCAUGUGUGUGACGUGCACUUUUGUCUCAUUCUUAAAUCAUGAUUCACUGUUGUUGGAUCCAGCAUCAACCCCAAAAGGUCCAUCUUUUCGACUGAAUAUGAAUGUUAUUUUGAAAGUCUAUAUGUCGUUCUGUAUGUGUCAGUGGUAGUUUGUGAGCUGGAAACCGAAGAGGCACUGACCUUAACUUAAAAUCAGUCGUAACUCUCAACAUAUUCUUAUUAACUGUCUUUGAUUAACAAUCUGUUUUGUUAUCCAACUAAUUCACUGAAUAACCAGUACAAAUCACUAGGAUGAUACCAAUAUUAUGUUGCAACGGCAUUACUGCUCUUUACAUUAUAAAUCUGUGCCGCAUUUCUAUAUACUGUGAGCACCAUAAUUCAUUGGACAGUGACACAGAAGGGGACUGUAGGCUUCAAUUUCAGGGUAUUUUCAUCCAUAUCAUAUUAACCAUUUAGAAAUUAUAAAACCAUAUAUACAUAGCUAUUCAUAACUCUUUCUGUUCCUCAGGCUUUUCAGUGGUUUGCAUCUUGUAGUGUGUACCCUCUGUAGUCCUGCUGGUGUAGUUUUCCAUGUAUGGUAGACUUUAACACACCUGCAUCCAGGAGGAUUUUUGAUCUGUUAGGCCAUUGUCACCAUAGAGAGUAUCCUCGGGUCAUCCACUACAGUGGUCUUUUUCUGUCAACUGGGUCUUUUGACUUAAUUGAGUUCACCAGUUGUUUUUUUUCUUGUUAAUAAUGAACCAAACGGUUGAUUUAUUUGGGCAUGCCCAGGAUUCUUGCAAUGUUCCUGAUUUAUUGAUUGAUUUCUGAGCCAUAUGACGGCCAGCUUAAUUUGAAUUGACUGCGGUCUUCCUCAUAUUGUCACACUCCCAACAAUCUCCAAAGGCAAUUGUAAGUCUAGAAUCAAGACUAGACAUCAACAGCUUUCUUCUGCAUUUACUAAUGACACAAAUGAAUAUACCUGCCUGCAUGAAACACAUCUGUGAAGCCAAUUCAACAUAUACUUAACUUAAAAUUUGGGGACCAUUUCUAAACUGUUCAUCUGAUAUGGCUGAAAAUACCCCCAAAUUAAAGCUAACAGUCCACACUCCUCAUUGUCAUUGUAUCCUUGACAAUGACAGAGUACAGAACCAAAAUAAUAAAUGUGUCAUUGUCCAGUGAAUUAUGCUGCUCACUGUAUCUGUAGGUUAAACCUUUGGGCAAUAGUGCUUUGUAUUUGGCCAAUUUCUGUGAAUAUGCAUUACAUAAGAUGUGUAAUCUUAUCUUUUGGUAUUGGUUCUGCUUCCAGUUGUUGGAUUGUUAAUCAAGCUCCAUAAACAGAAUCGGGUUGAGUGCAAUGAUUACCUUGAAGAGAAGUUUUGGGGUGGCUUAUCCAGUUAAGGUGCCAUUCUCAUUGUAGUCUAUGGUCUGGGGCCACAUCCUGGUAGCACCCCAGGGGUUAGGGCCAAUUAAGUCAGCGGGGAUCCGAGUCUCAGCUUUCUCCUGCUGUUCAGUUGGGUGCCUGUGAGUCCACCUGUGAAGCUGUUCACAAAGUGCCUUCCUCCAACUCCUCUCUCAGAGGGGAGCUUGGGCUUGACUGCACUCUCCUGAAUUUAUAUCGGGGACCCAGUCAUUGGGGUUAUUGGGCUUUCCAAUUUGGGAGGGGGGGAGGGGGUAAAAAGAUGUUUUGUGCCUCCUCUGUGUUACCGGUAUGUUGUAUGUGAGAUUGAACAUGUACUCAUACAAUGUUCUCUCUUCUCCCCAUUGUCUGUAGCUCAGUGUAGUUCCAGCGUCCAUCCAUAUUCUGCUUUUUGUAAAAGUGUAUAUUGUUUCCAGUUUAUUUUGUUAUUCUAAAAGAAGCAUGUUGUAUGUAUGGUUACUGAUAAUGCCAUGAUGGUGUAAUGGUGGAUGUUAAAUGUGAUUUUAUCUCAUGAAGAGGCCUUGAGGUUUUUUCUCCUCAUGAUAUCAAUUGACUUUUAAUGUGGUUGUCAGUUAUGAAGGCUUGUCAUUGGCACAGGAAAUUACAUACCCAUAACAUAUUGUAAUAUUGACACUACAGGGUAUGCAUCCUUAUUAACGGUGCAGUGCUGAUGCAGUUGACAAAGAACCAGACUACUCCCAGCCCAGAUAUUACAGCUGCCAAAUUCUAUACAUGACGGAUUUAACAAUUCAAAGACUUGAAAUUUCUUGUCAGACAGGUUACCACCUUAAUUGGAAUUUAAUUCUCUGUCAGUUCAUUCAGAAGACUCUGAAGUUCGGGAGCGUCAAAUGGAUUGCAGUCCUUUAUCUGCAUCAUAUAGUGUAGGGUUAAGCACUGGGUAGAAUCAGAUUGGUGGUUUGGGAAUAUUAUUUUUAUUGUUAUAGUUUUAGUUAAUAUGUAUUCCAGUUAAAAUGUGAAUUUACUCCGAACAAUGUGUAUAGCCUGAUCACCACAGUGUCUUCAGUGUGUAUUGCCCCCCCUCUUUAUGCCUCCUUGUUAUAAUCACUCAUUUUUUACUAAGCAUCAAAGGAAACGUUUAACUGUUAUACAGUGCAGACCGUGAGUAUUUGGACAGUGGUACAAUUUCUGUUCAAUGAAUAUGAGGUUAGAGUGCAGACUGUCACCAUUAAUCUGAGGGUAUUUAUGCCUUUAUUGGGUGAUCUGUGUAGGAUUUGCCCAUUUUAAGGGACCAAAAGUAAUUGGACAGCACAGGUAUAAGAAAGCUUUCAGUGUCUAGCCUUCAUUCUAGUCCUUUGAUUGCCUUUGUGUCUGCUGAGUCCUGAAAAAAAGUAGACCGAGUAGACUAUGGUUGACUUGUAUCAGAGUGAUGCCAAGAGCAAAGUGUGGAGGGUUAAAGGAACUGCCCAAGAACCAAGCACCCCCUGUCAUCUGUGAAACAUGGUGGUUUGGGUGUUUGGGCAUGUCUGGCUGCCACAGAUGUGCUGGCUCACUUGUCCUCAUUGAUAAUGUAACUGCUGAUAGCUGCAUCAGAAUUAAUUCUUAAUUCUGUCCAAUUGAAUCUCUCCAAAUUCAUUGGAUGGUGCUUCAUCCCACAGCAAGGCAAUGAUCCCAAACAUGCACCAGUGCUCUCUCUUCUUAAUGAUAUUCCAAAUAGCUUGUUUCAGCAAGCCUAUUACUAGGCCUAUGUUUCUUACUGUAGUUUUCAGAAUGGCUUCCUUCACUUACAUUGGCACAACUCUGGUACUCCUGUUGAUAGACACCAAUAACAGGCUCCAAAGGCAAUCAAAAGCCCUGAAUCAAGAAUAGAUACUGAAAGCUUUAUUAUUCCUACACAAAGGAAGUGAUUGAAUACAAUCAGAAACAGCUGAGAAAAUGGGCAGACUAUGUGUACAAAGGGAUGUAGUUCCGACACGGAUCAUACGUUAUGGAGGUAAAUACCCUCAAAUUAAUGGUGACAGUGUUCUGUCAUUUCAAACCCAAUAGUAGUAGUACUCCGUACUACAGCUGUAGUACAGAGCCAAAAGAACAGAAAUCCGUCCGAAUACUUACGGACCGCCCUGUAUGCGUGUGCCUAAUUGAUUUUUGAAUCUGCCGGAUUGAUUGUUCAUUUCAGCACAUUUUGUUCAUAGUGAAGUGAACAGGGCCUUUUAUUGUCACAGGCCAUAACUUUGCUGUAAUAUCUUGGUAGAUUUGCAGGCUGUGACCAGAUCAUAAGCUGCAGUGCGCUAGUUUGGUCUAGCUUCCAGUAUACUUAUCGUUCUCCUAAUAAGCCCUGGCAUUUGAUUUCACUCCAGACUAAAUGGCCUCAUCUGUGCCCAGUCUUCUGUUGAGGUGAUGUGGUGCUUAUGGAAUGGUCUGAGACAUGCAAGGGUAUCGUGCUCAGUCAAGAAUGUUACAUUAUUGCAUAAUACAGUCAGGCUGAACAUAUUUCAUCAUUAUGCAGAUUCCUUCCAUUUAAUUUCCCCAAAAACAUUCGGUGUCAAGUUUCUUUUGGUGCUCAGUAUCUUAAUGUAAUGGUCACCAUAUAGUGGUCUUGUUUUUCAGUGGGCCUUUUUAAAAUUCUGUCUUCAAUGUUCAGCUUUUUGGAGGGAUGCUUAGGUAACACUGAAAUUGGAGAGCAUCCCUUUGUUGUCAUAAGUGUUUGAUUUGCAGGUAUUAGGGGGAAAAGUUGAUGGGAUUCGGCAAGUAAAAGUAUGAGAAUACAUUUUUCAGUAAAUAUGCAUUAUUAGCCAGUACAGAAUCAUAUGAUUAUGAUAAUUAUCUGUCGGAGAUCAUUAUCAUAAGGGUAAUUUGUCUUGAGGGUAAUUGGGACACCAAAGAAGGGGAGAGGAGGAAGAUGAUUCGUCAAAAUGUGUUUAAGUUUUUUAGAAGAUAAACAUUUCUCUUAUUGCCCCAUUGGCAAUAAUUCAUAUUUUCAAGUUUUACCAUGUAAACAAGUGUUUGUUUUGUUGUGCAAUUUUUAAUGAAGUAAUAUAAGUUGUCUGUUUUAAACUGUUCACUUGGAGAGUUGGCUUGUUUAUACAGUUUCUCAAAUAUGCAAGGAAUACCUCCAUAUCAGUAAGAUUUAGGAAUGAUUCUCUAUUUCAGCUAUUUAUUCAAAUAGUUUCAUUUCUUCUUUUAAAAGAUCUAAAUAUUGAUGAUUAAUUUUAUAUAUAUACAAAAUAUGCAAAACAUAAAGACAAUCUUUAUAGGAAUUGAAUGUGUAUUGAAGUAAUUGAAGCCAUAAUUGAAAGCAAUAAAAUAAACCAAAAAUAGAAUUUGAGGUAGUACAAAGAAGCAUAGCCAAUGAAGAAACUAUUAAAUUUGUGAAGUUUGCACUGUCUUUCACUUCUUAAAUACUUGCCUUUGAGAGACAUUACUUAAGACUAUGAACACUUUAGGAAAAUGGAGAGUAUAGUUUUUUUUUUUUUUUAUGUUCCUGUUAUGUUCUGUACAGGGGGAAAAGUUUUCUUGUUUUUAUUCUUCUGUAGGAAUCCUGCACUCUUUCAAAGUCCUCACAAAGCCAUAGAAAACAAUUCAAUGAAAAAUGAGUUCAGAAAAGGAAAAGACCAGCAUAGUAAUUUCACUAAGUAUCAACAAGUGUGUGGUGAUCAAACACAGCAUUGGAAAUUGGAGAGAGGCAGAAGGGAGGCAGAUUUAAAACUUUAUUGUGUUUUGAAGUGAUGUAUUAUGUAUUCAUGUUAAAUAGUGCAUAUAAGAGUGCAGAAUUGCUACUAAGAUGUGGGGACUGAAUUGUGUGUACUUUUUCACUUGAAGUAUGUAUUACAGUGCCCAGAUGUGCAAGAAUUUAUGCCUGUCCAUCUUGUAAAAGCAGAGUGCAUUCGCUUGAAUCGAGUCUGCACUAGAAUCCCUAAGCAGUUUGCUGUUCAUCAGUUUCUGUUCACUGUGAAUGUACUUUAUAAGUUCAUGUUAUUGUUAUUUUUAUAAGUUCUAUUAUAUGUCUUGUUUUAAUGUCAUUUAUUUGUGUUGUUUUUAAUAUAGAAACAUUUAUCUAUGUGAUGUGUGCAGUAUUUAUAUGAUUAAUGCUGCACUGUUUGUGUGUGUGUGCAUGUGGCCAUUUUGUCUGCAUUUCAUCAUUUGUGUGAGUGUGUAAGUAUAUGCAAUAUUUCAUUAUACUUACAAAUUUCCUCAACUCAGAAAUAAAUGUUCUUUUGUUAAAUCA